UUGCUAUAUAGCUCAUUUGGUUUGAAGGAGUGGGAGGGGCAGCUUUGAGCUCUUCUUCUAUGGUGCAAAGGACUGUCUUGAAAGUUGAUGUUGCCUGCCAAAGAUGCAAGAAGAAGCUCCUAAGGGCUGUCUCAGGAUUGGAAGGUGUAGACAAGGUAGAAGUGGAUGCAGCCAAGGGCACCUUGACGGUUACUGGGAAAGCCGAUCCUUACCAAGUGGCCGUCCGCGCACGGAAAGCCACCGGUAGAUACGCCGAAGUGGAGAGCGUUGGGCCUCCUCCCGACCCAAAGGCCAAACAGGGUGAUGGAGAUAGUAAAGAUGGGUCUGAAAAGGCCAAGCCCAAGUCCGACGACCACCAGCAAAAGUGCCAACAGCCUCUUUAUCUACCCUCCACUUCUUGCACUAGGUGCGACCGAUUGUACAUCCACAUCAUUGAUGACCCCAACGUGUCAUGUUCCAUAUUAUGACGCGUGUUUGUAAAAUGUUGAUUCGAUUCCAAUUUCUAUGAGAAAUCAUUUCUUCCAAGAAUUUUCAUAUUCCUUAAUUAUUACGACUUUAUUUGGUUGCAAGGAAAUGAAAGAAAGGGUAGGGAAACUUUUCAUACCUUAAAUUUAUUGUAAUCAUUAUCCAACAUGGUUGUAGAAAUUACUUGAUUCUAUUAUCAUAUUUGGUAAUGAUAUCUUUUAAAUGUAAAUUUUAUUUUACUUUUCA